GAGCGUAUGGGCCCUGCCAUUGAGCGUAUGGGCCUGAGCAUGGAUCGCAUGGUGCCCACAGGCAUGGGGGCCGGCCUGGAGCGCAUGGGCCCUGUGAUGGAUCGUAUGGCCACUGGCCUGGAGCGCAUGGGCGCCAACAACCUGGAGCGCAUGGGCCUGGAGCGCAUGGGAGCCAACAGUCUGGAGCGCAUGGGCCUGGAGCGAAUGGGCGCCAACAGUCUGGAGCGUAUGGGCCCGGCCAUGGGCCCAGCAUUGGGCGCUGGCAUUGAGCGAAUGGGCCUGGCCAUGGGUAGCGCUGGAGGUGCUAGCUUUGACAGAGCCAUUGAGAUGGAGCGGGGCAACUUUGGAGGAAGCUUCGCAGGUUCCUUUGGCGGAGCUG